AUGUCGGUGUACAUCCAUGGUAGAAAAUACAAUGUGCUAUCUGGAAAGUCAAGUGUCCAGUCAAUUUCAUUGCUGUCUGUGCUGUAUGAACAGAACAUGUUCAUGCACAACAGCAAAGAUGUAUCGCCCGUUGAGGAAGAGAAGGAGAGCAGGUUUAACAAUGCCGAUAGGUUUUUUGCCUUUUGGCUCUUUCAAUGGGCGUUCGCGGCGACCUCUGCCACCAUCGUGUCCGGUGCGGUCGCCGAAAGAUGCCAAUUCCGGGCCUACGUUGUCUACACCUUUGUCAUUACAGGGUUCGUGUACCCCAUAGUGGUUCACUGGGUGUGGUCCAAGGAAGGGUGGCUCUCCGCUUUCAGGGUCGAAGAUUUCAGCAGUGGCGAAGAUCGGCCUGAUGUGCUGUUCGACAAAACGCUGGGCAUGAUAGACUUCGCGGGCAGCGGGGUCGUCCACAUGACUGGCGGCGGGGCAGCCCUGAUGGCUGCCACCAUAAUCGGCCCGCGUUACGGCCGCUUCGACAAGGACAAGAAGGUGCAGCCAAUGGUUGGACAGUCGCCUGCGCUCACCACGCUUGGGAUCUUUAUCCUGUGGUUUGGAUGGUAUGGCUUCAACCCGGGGUCCACGUUGGAGUUCUACGAGCACAUGUACGUGGCCUCAAAGUGCGCUGUGAACACCACGCUGUCUGCGGCGGGGGGCGGCCUCACGACGCUGCUUGUGGACACGGUCGUGUUCAACCACCCCCCAGACAUCUCCCCCAUCUUGAAUG